AUGGAGAAGGAUUGGUCUUUAGAAGGUACUCUAAGAGAGAAUCUAAAAGAAGCAUAUAGUCAGUCAUCAUCACCAUCACCUUAUCAAGAUUAUAGCUGUUUGCAGUUAUUACAUAGUUGGGAUAGUAAUGAUUCAAUCAUCUCUUCAAUUGUAUCCAAAGUACAUCAAUGGUUGAUUUGUGGAACACAAAAUGGGAAGAUAUUAGUGUUUGAUUUGAAAUCCUACAGACUUAUCAAAGUGGUUUUCGAAGAUGCUAUGCAAGGGUCCAAUUUAUGCCUUGUCCUUGAUAAAAAUGAAAGAUAUUUAUUCGUUGGAGGGUCUGAAUCUUUGAUCAAGGUAUAUGAUUUGAAUGCCGAAGAGAUCAAAUGUAUCAAGAUUAUUUAUUCCACCAUUGACAUUGGUGAUAUCUUUUCCAUUAAUUAUUGUGAUACUUUCAAGAUCUUAUUCAUUGGACCACAAAAUGCUAGUUUAUUAUGGUGUUAUUGCAACUUGGAUGAAAUCAUUGAAGACAAGAACAUCGAAAAACUUCCCAGACACAAUCUCCCUCAUUUAAGAUAUAACAAAUUUUUCGAUUCCAAAGGGCCAGGUGGCAGAAUCAAUAAUGAAAGUAAGAAAGAUUUGAAAUUCAUGGAUUCUAUUUCAUUAUGUGAACUUGAUGCUAAAAACAGUAUCAAAUUCGCUCAUUAUGGGUACAUUUACAAUCUUUUGGUGUUUACAAACGAAUUCAUGGUAUUGAAAUAUUCAAAAUUUGAAAAAUUCCUUAUCAGUUGUGGAGGUGAUGGGACAGUUAAUAUUUGGGGGGUUAAAAGUUUGCAAAAAAACGUUGAUUUGAUCAAAUUGAAAUCUUUGCAUAACGAUGAAUCUAUUUUAUCGAUGUUUAUUCAUAAUACUUAUUUAUAUGUUGGAUUAUCUAAUGGUACCAUUAAUACCUGGGAUCUUCUAACAUCUCAAUUGAUUAGAUCGGUUAACUCCAAAAAUGAAGAAGAAAUUAGUUCUUUGGUGGUCCUUGAUAAUAACGGAAUCAUCUAUGGUAACAAAUACGGUUUGAACGUGAUUUCUCCUAACAAUAUAGUGGUGAAUAUCAAUAAGUUAUCGACCUUGACGUUAUAUUUGAGUGAUGAAAAGGAAAAAGGCAAAGCCAAUUUGAUUGCUGGUGGGAAGAAUAUUAUCAACUACUAUAAUAUCUUGGAUAAAGGUACUGCUCCUAUAAGUUAUCAAUUUCAAGUAUCGGAUAUGAAUAAUGACACCUUAUUGAAGAACUUAUCUAAAUUUGUAAGCUUCAAAACUGUUUCAAAAUUCAGUGAUUUCUAUCUUCAUGAAUUAAGAAACUGUACGAAAUUCCUUGUUAAGUUAUUCGACAAAUACGGUGCUACUAGUCACAUCAUUCCUGUUGAAGAUGGAAAUCCUAUAAUAAUUUCAUCCUUCCAAUGUGAAAAACCUAAGAAGAGAAUUCUUUAUUACGGACAUUAUGAUGUUGUAGAAGCUAAUGAAACCAAUGACGACUGGAUUUCCAAUCCUUUCGAAAUGGUCAGCAAAAACGGAUUCUUAUAUGGAAGAGGUGUCUCAGAUAACAAGGGGCCAACUUUAUCCACCAUUCAAGCUGUAGCUGAAUUGUAUCAAGCAGGUGAAUUAAAUGUUGACGUGGUAUUUGUUAUAGAAGGUGAAGAAGAAACAGGGUCUAAGUUGUUCAAAACAAAAAUCUUGGAUCAUUUGAAAUAUAUCGGGGAGAUUGAUUAUAUCUUCUCUUCAAACAGUUACUGGUUGGAUGAUAGAAGGCCAUGUUUGAAUUAUGGUUUAAGAGGAGUUGUCAACGUUUCUAUCGACAUAGUCAGUGAAAAACCUGAUAGACAUUCGGGGGUUGAUGGUGGUGUCCUGCAAGAACCCAUGAUGGAUUUAAUUCAAUUAUUGAACUCUUUCAAGUCAUCCGAUAAUGAGAAACCUAUAGCCAUUGAAGGUUUUUACGAUGACGUCAAACCCAUCAGUGAAGAUGAAUUGAAAGUCUUCCAAGAGAUUGUUGAUUAUAACCCUGAAGAAUUCAAUCUUCAAGAGUUGAUUACCAAAUGGUGUAAUCCUUCAUUAACUGUCCAUAAAAUCGAAGUCAGUGGACCUAACAAUAACACGGUUAUCCCCAAAACAGUCAAAAGUUCAGUGUCUUUGAGAAUUGUACCCAACCAAAAUAUCGAAUCCAUUAAGAAGCUUUUAAUUGAACAUUUGAACAAAAAUUUCAAGAGUUUGAAUUCACCCAAUGAAGCAAAUUUCAAUAUCUUCCAUGAAGCCGAACCUUGGUUAGGUGAUCACAACAGUUCAAUCUACCAAAUAGCAUUCUCUAAGAUCAAAGAGAAUUGGGGUAUUGAACCAUUAUUAAUAAGAGAAGGAGGAUCAAUUCCAAUUAUCCGAUUCUUAGAAAAAACCUUCGAUGCCACAGCAUGUCAAAUUCCUUGUGGUCAGUCAAGUGAUAAUGCUCAUUUGAAGAACGAACGGUUAAGAAUUAUCAAUUUAUUAAAGUUGAAAGAUAUUUUCAAAGAUAUUUUAAUAGAAUUAGGAUAA